UUACAGUGGAAACUCUGAUGUUGACUGAUGUUGACUCAUAUAUUUAUAUUUAUUUUUUUUUUUUAUGUAAAAAAAAUUACAAGUGCGCAGUCCAUGUCUCCAUUGUGAAUUGUCUCUUGACAAGUCUCCAUCCAACUAUCUGAGUCAUUAAAAUCGUACAGUCAUACACUGAUAAAUUGAACAAAAAAAUAAUCCAAGUAAACGUGUCAAAUUUUUUUCUACAUCAUCAAAUUCUUGGCUAUCAUUAUUAUUAAUAUUAUAAAAAAAUAAAUCAAGAACAAUGGGUGCUGCAUGUUCAGCAGCUCAGCUUGCUUGCGUUUGUGGCAGUAGUGCGUGUAGUUUAUGUUGUUCUCAAUGUCCAUCAUGUCGCAACAGCACCAGUGCAAGAAUCAUGUAUGCACUUAUAUUGAUGCUGGGUAUGAUUGCAUCAUGUAUUUUCCUUUCAUCUGGUCUUGAAAAUCUACUUCACAAGCUACCAUUUUGUGCAAACAGUUCAAGUCUCAUACCUUCUUAUACAUUUGAUUGUAAAGAUGCAAUUGGUUACAUGGCUGUUUAUCGUGUUUGUUUUGCAAUGGUUGUGUUCUUUGUCUUGAUGUCAUUGAUCAUGAUCAAUGUCAAAAGCUCCAAGGAUCAUCGUGCACCAAUACAAAAUGGUUUUUGGGCAAUUAAAUUUUUGCUUGUUAUUGGAAUUGCAAUUGGAGCAUUUUUCAUAGAGGCUAAUUGGUUUGGACCAGUCUGGAUGAGAUUUGGAAUGAUUGGAGGAUUGCUUUAUAUUUUUAUUCAAUUAAUAUUGAUUGUUGAUUUUGCACAUUCAUGGGCUGAAUCAUGGGUUGAUCAUUAUGAAGAAAAUGAAUCAAGAGCUUGGUAUUGUGCAUUACUUGGAUCUACAUUGGUCAAUUAUGUAUUGGCUAUUGUUGGAGCUGUUUUGAUGUACACUGAAUAUGCUCGUAAUGAUUGUGGUACUCAUAAAUUUCUCAUUUGGUUCAAUGUUAUUCUUUGCAUUGCCAUAAGUGUUGUAUCAAUACUGCCAAAAGUACAAGAAGUUCAACCACGAAGUGGUCUUCUUCAAGCUUCUGUUGUAUCAUUGUAUGUCAUGUACUUGACAUGGAGUGGUAUCUCAAACAAUCCAGAUAAACACUGCAACACAUCAUCAGCAGUUAAUAAUCCAAACCAAGCUAAAUUUGAUGGUGAGACUAUAACUGGUCUAGCAAUUUGGAUUGGUUGUGUACUUUACAGUUCACUACGUACUGCCUCAAACUCAUCAAGAAUAACAGGAACUGAAAAGGUUCUAGUCAAGGACAAUGGUGCCAUUCGCUCGGGUGAUCCGUGUCUCAUCAACAAUGAAGAUUAUGUUUCAGUAGAAGGAAGAAAUGGUGAUGAUGAAGAAGGUGGUGGCAAAGUAUGGGACAAUGAAGAGGAUGAAGUUGCUUAUAAUUGGAGUUUCUUCCAUGUAAUGUUUGCACUUGCAACAUUGUAUGUCAUGAUGACACUCACCAAUUGGUAUGAACCACAAAGUGAGCCUCAUCAUUCAUCAGCAGCUUCCAUGUGGGUUAAAAUUGCAUCUUCAUGGUUUUGUCUUGGACUCUAUACUUGGUCCUUGAUUGCACCAGCUGUUUUGUCAGACCGAGACUUUUCGUAAGCAUUUUAUUAAGGUGUUUCAAACUAGGCGUAUCAUGAAUUAAUUAUCAUGAUAAUUUUUGCAGUAAAUUCAUUAAAUAAAAUUAUAUAAUUUUUAUUUUUUUCUUUUUCUCAACAAAAAAUAAUAUAAAUUCGCUUACAAAUACAAGUAGCCCAAAAACAUUUAAUAAAAAAUUAAAUAUUAAAUAAACACUGUAAACAAAAAAAAAAAAAAUCAAUUUCUUCGUAAAAAUUUCUCUAGACAAAAAGAUAUAGCUUAACAAUAAGUAUCUUAGUAAAAGAAAAUUUGAGCAAUUUUUCUUUUUUUUAAUUAUAAGUCUAUAAUUAUAACAUUCUACUAGAAAAAAAAACAAAAAAAAAUGAACAAAUUUUCGUGAAUUGUUUAGCUGAUAAGAAAUUUGCUUCCUGAUUUUCUAUAGAUAGUUCGGUUGUUAUUUGUAACCGGAACGACGUCGUGCAUUUCGUUGUUAUUAAUAUUAUUAUUAUUAUUUUUUGGACUUUAUUAAAACACAUCACGAUGUCACAAACUCACGGUUUAUACUCUAAUUAAACUUAUUUUUUUUUUCCAUUUGUUUUUUGUGAUUCACAUAAUUUCUAUUGAAAACACCUUAAUGUUACUUAUUAUUUUUUAAGACGUAUUACUCAAUAUUUUCUAAUCUUGCAUUUUAAAUAGUAAAACUAUUUAGAUAUUAUUAUAACAUACAAAAAAAUUGUAAUACUAAAUUAUGAUAAUAUUACAUAUUCAUAAUUUUGCUUGUACAUAUAAUGUUAUUAAUUAUUUUUAAAUAUAUUAAUCGAAAUCAGUAAA